GGGAUCUUUCGGCUGUUUCCGCUUUCGCUAUUUCUUUUUCGGUCCUCCGUGGCAUGGCGGACGUGCUUUGAAGAGUAGAAGUCGUGGUUAUAUUUGAAUUUUGCAAGUGAUAUAGCAAACGAAAAUGAGUCUGACAGCAUCUCGCCCGCUUGUCAGCAUUUACUCUGACAAGAAUGAAGCCCUAAAGGAUAAGAGCCUCUCGUUGCCGUACGUGUUUAAGGCGCCAAUUCGGCCCGAUGUGGUGAGCGAGGUUUCGCAGCUGAUGCGCCGUAACAGGCGUCAGCCGUAUGCCGUGAGCGAAGCCGCCGGUCAUCAAACCUCGGCCGAAUCUUGGGGUACCGGUCGUGCUGUGGCACGUAUUCCCCGUGUCCGGGGUGGUGGUACUCAUCGUUCCGGUCAGGGUGCUUUCGGAAACAUGUGUCGUGGUGGUCGCAUGUUCGCUCCGACCAAAACCUGGCGUCGUUGGCAUCGCAAGAUCAACGUGAAUCUGAAGCGAUAUGCAUUGGUUUCUGCUAUUGCUGCUUCGGGUGUUCCGGCUCUGGUGCAGUCCAGAGGUCACGUUAUUGAUGGACUCUCGGAAUUACCGCUGGUCGUCUCGGAUGAUAUUCAGAAAUUCCAGAAGACUAAGCAAGCUGUUGUUUUCUUACGUCGCUCGAAGGUUUGGGCCGAUGUACAGAAGGUGUACAAGUCGCAGCGGCUACGCGCCGGUCGUGGUAAGAUGCGUAAUCGUCGUCGCGUCCAACGCCGUGGACCGCUGAUCAUUUACUCCAAGGACGAAGGCUUGCGCAAGGCGUUCCGUAACAUUCCCGGAGUCGAUACCAUGAAGGUGAGCAAAAUGAACCUGCUUAAACUGGCUCCCGGUGGCCAUGUUGGUCGCUUGUGCGUUUGGACUGAGUCAGCCUUCGCCAAAUUGAAUAACAUCUAUGGCACCUGGAAGACCAAGUCUACCACUAAGAAGGACUACAAUUUGCCAAACCCAAUCAUGUCCAACACCGACUUGGCUCGUCUGCUGAAGAGCGAUGAAAUUCGCAAGGUCCUCAAGCCGGCCAAGAAGACUGUGCACCGUCAUGUACGUCGUCUGAAUCCGUUGACCAACACGGCACAGAUGGUGAAACUGAACCCGUACGCCGAGGUGACCAAACGUCGUGCUCUGCUAGCAGCUAAGAAGCGCAAAUACGAACGCAUCGUCGCAUCAUGCAAGGCUCGUAAAAUCAAGCUGUCCAAGAAUAAUACCGCGUUGAAGUAUCUUGCAUCGGAGAAGAAUCGCGAGAACCAGCUGAAGAAGAACAAGGAGCUGCGCGACCAGAAGGAUGCCGCUAAGAAGGCUGCGACGAAGAAGAAGCAAGCAGCCGCCAAGGAAGCGAAAAAGGGCAAGAAAGCGGCGCCUAGCAAGAAGUAGAUUGGCUUCUACACGGGAGAAAGGCACAUUAGGCUACUGGCAGUAAAAAGUCUAUGGCUUUUUUUUUUUCAAUAUAUUCCUUGUUUAAAAAAUUAUAUGUAAGGGAAUAAACGCUGAAAAUGCUGAA